CACACACAUAAACAAGAAAGCCCACAAUAUGUCCCUUACAUUUUGGAUCAUUGGCAUAUUGUCUGUUGUGAUUUUACUCUCUGGGACUACGGCUGUAGAUACUGAAGAGAUAGGAUUUGAAAUGUGUGUGACAUUAAGAGAACAUACAAAGAGCUUAAGACACCUCAAACUCACUGCAAUUCCACCAAACCUUCCAAAGAAAACUGAAUACUUGGACGUGUCUUAUAACAACAUUGCUCGAAUUGAAGAUGGACAACUAAUAAAUCUUACCAACCUUUGUUUCUUGAAAGCAACACAUUGUAAUCUGAAGUUCAUUUCUCCGGAUGCCUUCAUCAACAACAAAAUCAAGGUGCUAAACGUCUCCUAUAACCUUUUGAAAGUCAUCCCUAACAUGAAUCUCAACACAUUUCGUAUCAUAGACCUCUCCAGCAACAACUACUUCAGCUAUGCUCUUCCAGAUAGCUUUUCCAAAUUUAAUAAUCUUGAGAUCCUUGCUCUUGGAAGUCAAAAUGCUACUUCACUGAAACUCAAAGACUUCAGUUUUUUGAAGGACAUACAUUUAAAGCAGAUUAUUUUAGGUGAGGGCAUUCAGUUGCAAGAAUAUGAACCUGGAUCUUUAGCUCAGUUGAAGUAUCUGAAAGAAUUGACUCUCAAUGCCUCCUUUUGCCGGAAUUUUGACAUCUUUGAACAAAUUCUUGUUGACCUUAACCAAACGCAAACACAGAAGCUGAGUUUAUUAAAGCUUGUUCCUGAUGAUUGCAAUGCAGUUGUUGAUCCUUUUAUUGCCUUAAAAACCUUUCACAGUCUGAGAAAUUUAACUAUAACACAAACCUGGAUAAAUAGCACAUUCAUGUUAAAAUUAAUACAAAAUGUUUGGCAUUCUCCAGUUGAAGAUUUGACUUUUAUCAAUAUUGUUUACAAUGAAGACACUCCUUAUGGAUUUCAAUUCCCAGACCAGAAUACCACAAUACAAAUCAAAUCGAUUACAUUUGAUGGUAUCAAGCACUAUCAAUAUAGGUACCCCAUAAUUAACAUGAGCAUGAAUCAUGUUACAGAGUUGUCAUAUCUGAAGUUCUCAGGCACCGGAAUGAACAUUCUCCCCUGUAAUUUGAUGUCUGCCAUACCAUCAUUACAGACUUUGGAUCUGUCAGACAAUCUGCUGGAUGAGUCUGGCUUUUGGUGGCCCUUUUGCAAACCAACAAUGAUCUUUCCAUCCCUCAGACACCUCUCAUUGAGUCAUAACCGUUUCAUUGACCUGGCUAUUAUAUCUCAGCAAUCCAGUCAGAUCAAACUCCUGGAAUCUCUGGACCUGAGCUUCAACUCCAUCCGCCUAACUGGCCCAUGCUCAUGGUCCCCUAAUCUAACUGAGCUGAGUCUCAGCCACAACAACCUGGGCAAUGACAUCUUCGAACACCUCUCACCUUACUUCAAAAGAAUCGAUCUCUCAAAGACUGGAAUUACCUCCAUAAGCCAAGCCAUUCUGUCAAAAUUACCCCAUCUGACACAUUUUAUUUUGAGUUCCAACAGCAUUCAAGUCAUCCCACUGGACCUCAGAGCCCCACUGCUGCAUGCCCUGUUCACUGACCAGAAUUCAAUUGCCUAUAUUAGCGAGGGUGUGUUGGACGGCUUGCCCAAAUUGGAGACAAUGGUUGCAGGGAAAAAUCCAUUCAGCUGCACUUGUGAUUCUUUCUGGUUUGUCACGGCCAUGAACAAGUCUCUACUACUAGACUGGCCCCUGGACUACACUUGCAGUACCCCUCCUUCCUAUGCUGAUCAAUCGCUGGUAAAUCUCCAUUUUGGACAUCUGUCCUGUCGCCCAAUCCUCCAGGCGUCUACGGCAUUGUCAGUUUUAACCAUCAUCAUUGCAGUAUUUGCCAUCACAUUUUAUGCGUGUGAUGGUGUUUGGUACACCAAAAUGCUGUGGUUUUGGAUCAGGGCUAAACGGAGAGCUCAUAAGGGGAAGGACAGGCUGCUGAAGUGUUCCUUCAACUACCAUGCUUUCAUCUCUUACAGCCAGCACGACUCAGACUGGGUGGAUACACAGCUGGUGCCAACCCUGGAGGGUGCAGGCCUGUCACUUUGCAUUCAUGAACGUGACUUUGAACCGGGGCAAUGGAUUGUGGACAACAUCAUCAAUUGUGUGGAGGCCAGCUAUAAGAGCAUAUUUGUGCUCUCUCAGAACUUUGUUCAGAGUGAAUGGUGCAACUAUGAGCUCUUCUUUGCCCAGCACAGAGCUAUUAGCGUGGACCAGGACUCUGUGGUGUUCAUUCUGCUAGAGCCUAUCCCACCUGACUCUCUGCCAAGAAAGUUCUUGAAACUGAGGACCCUCCUCAGGCAGCAGACAUAUCUAGAGUGGCCUAAGGAUGAACGCAAAAAACAUCUGUUCUGGAAGAGUCUCAGAUCCAUGUUACAAACUGGGGACAAGGGAAUUACACUGAAGAAUGUAGCAACAAACAUUAUGGAUACAUGCUCCUUGUUAGCAAACCAAGGUUAA